AAAAGGAAGAGCAUAGCGGGCAACGCUUCUAUGCUGCGUCCCAAUUCUGCUUGAAGAGUCUUUGAGCAGGGAUGUGUGUGCCUUUAGGCAAAGCUGAACGACUAGGAGCCGAUCUAGUCACAAAAAAAAAGAAGAAACCAAAUGCAAAUAAGCCUCUUCUCCUUGGCUUUCCUGCUGCCCGCUUGAAGGCUUCUUUUCUCAUGUAAUGCACUCGCUCACCCAAGAAAUCAAAUCCUUCUCCAGGACUAAUUUGAAAAAGCAAUGUACCAGAGUCACAACUUUAUCUGGGAAGAGACUUAUCGAGACCUGGAGGGAUGCCCAGAUGCAAGUGGUGGAAGUGGCUGAUUGUAAGGAGGGGGACGCCUGUGGCUACGUGCAGGACCUCAGCCUGGACCUUCAGAUUGGGGUGAUUAAGUCGUGGCUAUUGCUGGGUUCCCAGGAUGCUGCUCAUGACUUGGAGACAAUGAAAAAAUAUAAGGUUACCCAUGUUCUAAAUGUAGCUUAUGGUGUCGAAAAUGCCUUCCCCAAUGACUUUACAUAUAAAACGAUCCCUAUUCUUGACCUGCCUGAGACUGACAUCACCUCUUGUUUCCCUGAAUGUUUUGAAUUUAUUGAACAAAUCAAGUUAAAGGGUGGUGUUGUGCUUGUUCACUGUAAUGCAGGAGUUUCCCGGGCAGCAGCAAUUAUCAUAGGGUUCCUAAUGUACUCAGAAGGACUCAAUUUUGCCAUGGCUUUUUCUGUGGUGAAAAAUGCAAGGCCUGCUAUUUGUCCAAAUUCUGGCUUCAUGGAGCAGCUCCAGAAAUACCGUCAAUUCAAUUGUUAAAAAUGGAAAUUUAAGUGUCUAGGGGAAUGAAGAAGAAUGAAUUUUAUGGUUGUAUUGUAAUAAGAGAAAUGGACUUUAUCACAAUGUUAAUAAAAGUUGCACAUCAUUACAGCUCUAUAUCUAUCAUUGAAACCCAUCUUCGUUCUUACAUGUAAUGAUGAAUUAAUCUCAGAUGCAUUUUGCUUUUUUAAAAAUUUAAUCUUAAUAUAACAAUGUGGACUUAAGCUUCUUUGAUUUAGCAAUUGUCUAUUACUUGCAACUAUGUUUUACCAAUUAAAAAAGUUUAAGAUCACAUAA